AUCAGGUCAGCCAGACCGGGUCGCCACUGACAGAGAGGCAGGGCUGCCCCGAGGGAGAGAGACCGGCCUCAUACAAGAGAGGAGACGAGACAAGAAGAAGAGGGGGAGAGAAGCACACACACAGGGCUUGUUGCACUGCAAAGACAGAGUGCAUCAGUGCAAAGUCUUUUUAUGUUGCGUGUGGAGGCUGAGGAGAAAACACCAGAGGAAGAGAUGAGCUUUGGAGCAGCGUGCAUUUUCUUGCGAGGAGGGAAGAAUAUUGAACGGGAGCUGGCUGAUGAUGAGAUCGAUGAACUGCGGGAGGCGUUCAAUGAGUUUGACAAAGACAAGGAUGGGCUGAUCAGCUGCAAGGACCUGGGCAACCUGAUGAGGACCAUGGGCUACAUGCCCACUGAGAUGGAGCUGAUUGAGCUGGGCCAAAACAUCAACAUGAAUCUUGGUGGCAGAGUCGACUUUGAGGACUUUGUGGAGCUGAUGGCCCCGAAGCUUCUGGCAGAAACUGCGGGGAUGAUUGGCAUGAAGGAGCUCAAAAACGCCUUCAAAGAGUUUGACAUGGACGGAGAUGGGGAGAUCACAACAGAGGAGCUGCGUUCGGCCAUGAUCAAGCUGAUGGGCGAGCACAUGAGCCGGAGAGAGAUAGAUGCUAUAGUACAAGAAGCAGACAACAACGGAGAUGGCACGGUAGAUUUUGAAGAGUUUGUAAGAAUGAUGUCCCGCCAGUGAGAGCCCAGGAGGAUGGCGAUUAAGAAAAUACAUUUCCACCUCUCCACUGACACACAUAUAUAUAAUCACACUGGCUCUCACUAACCCAGACAGAUACACAUCAUGUACAGACUUGUACAUAUGUAGGGCAAACACAUAUUUAUGUUGACAUUCAAAUAAAGCCCUGCAAUAAAACCUCAAGGAAUGUCAUUCUCAGAGAGAAUUUUAUGCAAAGCUAUGCAAAGAUCGACAAUCUUCUGAUGACACGUUUUCUCAGAAAUUUAAGAAUGAUGUAGAAAGUGUGUAUACGAAUAGGAAUCAUGUUGUUUUGUUUCAUUAUAUGGAUUGUAUAUAACAAGAGUUGAUCAUUUUGGAUUGUUUUGUUUCUGAAAUGUAUUUAUUCCUCAUGGAAUGUAUUUAUUCUUCAUUAAAUUAUUGUGGCAACUGCA